GUAUGUACUAUCAAUUGAGAGAGCAAAGGGGCAAAACAUUUUAGGAUUUUCCAUAUAGUAUAUAGAGCUCAACGAACAGCAAACCUGUGAUGAACAGCGUUCUGGAAAAUUCGUACGCUUGGACCGGCUCAUUCGUCGAAGCGAUCAAGAAACUUUCCUGCGACGUAGCCAACCUGAUAUUCUCGAGCCUGACUCUAACCUCCGAUUCAGCACUGCCGUCGCCGAGUCACGCAAGCGACGCGAGCAGUGGAAUAUCCAGCGUAUUACCUGCUGCUGCUGCUGCUGCUGGCACUUCUGGUGAUAAGGCUCUGCCAAGCUUGGCCCAGCUCUGGCAGGAUACCCUCGUGCUAUUUGCCUUUGAUGAAUUUCAGUACCUACUGCUCAAGAUCUUUCUGGCCAUCAUUUUGAGUAACGUUUGCGCAAUUUACAUUGCCUGGUACAUCUACGGAGCCAGAAUUUCGGAGCGUUUUAUGACACCCAAUACAUCGCCAGAGGAACUUGAUCAAAAAAUUUUGCAGCUUAAACUUCCCAAGGAACACUCUCAGCGAUAUUCGUAGGAAGAAGAAUCUAAACUAGCUAUGGCUGAAAAAAUCAAGUCGUUUUUCCAGAAGAAGAUCAAGGAUGAGAAGUUUAAGCAUGCUGGAAAGGGUUAUAGAUUGAAUGAAUCAGCAGCAACAACAACAGGAGCAACAACAUCCAAGAAUGUGUCCACAACGACAAAGAGGCACGAGCCUACCAACGAAGCAAAAAUUGCUGGUCAAGCUGCUCUAGCGAGACUAGAGGGAAUGAAAUCCAGUGCUCCAAAAUUAAAUACUUCCUAUGCAGCUAUACAAGCACGCGUGAAGAAGGAACUGGAGCAGGAGAAACUUGCUGUUGCACAAGAAAAUGUUAAGUCAACCAGCAGUGCAGCAAUUUCACAAGCUCCCAUAUUGGCUGUGAGCGGUGUGUACUACCGGUGCCCAUUAGUGUCGGAGGAAGUUCUAGACAAAGAAACGUGGUACGAUAGGAUUCAAGAAUUCUUCAGCAGCCAGCUAUCUGAUGACGAAGCUGGUUUGUCUGCCUGUUUGAUAAUUCAUAGCUGUAACGAUGGAGCGGAUGAAAUACGAUCGUGCGUCGAUAUACUUUGCAAGUACUUGGAUAAUAUACGGAAUGAUCCAGUAGAGAGGAAGUACUGGAAAAUCAGGAUGUCAAACAGAAUAUUUAAGGAAAACGUUAAGAAACUCAGAGGUACAAUGGAGUUUUUGAAAGCGGCUGGAUUCGCUGAAGAGAAAUUGAUGCAUCAAGAGCGGGAAGAAGACUUUCUAGUGUGGAGUCCUGAAAGAUGCAGUAUUGAUAAUCUGACAACACUCGUCGAUGCCUUACAGUCUGCUGAAUCAGUGCAACUUUUGCUGGAUAGAAAUGUACAAGUUUUGCUCCCUAGUCAAGCAGCCGAGCGGAGUGAACUGCCUGCGGAAUUCUACUCGCUCUCAGCGGAAGAUAUAAAGCGUGAGCAGACUGAAAGGGCGAAAGCUGUGGAACGCAAUCAAAUGCUGAUGACGCAAGCCAUGCGAGAAAAGUUGAUGAAAGAUAAGGAAAGGAAAUAUCGAUUUACUUUGAUACGGAUAAGAUUUCCGGAUGGCAUAAUAUUACAGGGUACGUUUGCAGUAGAUGAAAAAUUUGAGCAAGUCGUUGAAUUCGUGAAGGAGAAUUUGUUGAACGAGCAGUUCCCAUUUUAUUUAAUUACCGCUACGAGAGAAAAGUUAACGGAGGUAGACUUUGAGAAGAGUUUAGAGAGUUUGAAUUUGGUUCCCGCUGUUGUUCUUACAUUCUUCUGGGACAGUGCAGCAGCGAAUGCACAAGUUCCUUCGCAAUGUCUCAAGGAAGAAACUUUGAGCCUUCUCCAAUCGAUGUAAGCAACUGAAGAGAACGGAAAUUUAUACAACUAAUCAUGUGAUUGACUUUUCGAAUUUAUUUGUAAAAUAUACAUUUAUUUCUUACAUUACAA